AACCUCGAAACCUUUUGUAACUGUAACUGGUGCAUAUCUAAUCAAUCAUAUAUAUGCAUGUAUAUAUAUGUGUGUGUAUAUAUAUAUAUAUAUAUUCUAUUCAGAAAGCUAAAAAACUGAUUUUACUUUGAGAGAGAGAGAGCAUUGGAAACUCUUUCCAGCCUCUUGAAGCGUUGAAACAAAAGACAUUUAAUACGCCCCACUAGUAUUCCUACCCAAUUCAGUUGCAAUUCACACUUUGGCAUUUAUUAUUUAUUAGCAUCAGCCACUCCCCCUCCUCUCUCUCUCUCUCUCUUCCCUCUUUUCUCACCUACUGCUCUUAAAAAAAAAAAAUAGUAAUUAUAAUGCCGUUUUACUUAAUUAGUUCAUCAUUUUCCCCUUAAAAUUCUUGAUUCCUCCUCUUUUUCUUCCUUCGACCACCAAAAAGGAAUUUCUUCCGACGAUGGGAAAUCGAUUUAUUUGCAUGUCGAGGAAGGAUACGAAGGAAAAUAAUAACAACAAUGGAUCGAGAAGCAAGAGAAUGAACAACCGGUCGCAGAGGAAACUUCUCGCCGACGAUGAGUUCUUGCACAGACAAGCUCUUUCCAUGGCUCUUCAUCAGCACCAGUUGUCUCAGAGGUUCGACGGUUCCAUGUCCAGAAGAAUUGGCUCCACCAGCUCUCGCAGGCACAAUCUCUCCGAUCCAUUAUCCAACGCCAAACAGGUACCUGAAUUUCUUGAAAAUCUCAAGACAAAAAAAUUUGUUUUACUACACGGAGAAGGAUUUGGAGCGUGGUGUUGGUAUAAAACGAUUUCGUUGUUGGAGGAAACGGGACUAGUACCUACUGCCUUUGAUCUCACGGCUUCCGGUAUCGAUCUGACAGAUACCAAUGCCGUUGCUACAUUGGCAGAGUACUCAAAACCGUUGAUUGAUUAUCUAGAAAAGCUUCCUGAGGAUGAACAGGUUAUUCUGGUUGGUCAUAGUAGCGGAGGUGCGUGUGUUUCUUAUGCAAUGGAACAUUUUCCAAAAAAGAUCUCGAAAGUGGUUUUUCUCUGUGCUACAAUGGUAUCCGAUGGCCAACGACCAUUUGAUGUAUUUGCAGAAGAGCUUGGAUCCGCUGAGCUAUUCAUGCAAGAAUCCAAGUUUUUGAUUCAUGGGAAUGGAAAAGACCAGCCUCCCACAGGAUUUAUGUUCGAGAAAGAGCAGAUGAAAGGUUUAUAUUUCAACCAAUCCCCAACAAAGGAUGUUGCCUUGGCUAUGGUGUCAAUGCGACCUAUUCCAUUAGGGCCCAUCAUGGAGAAAUUGUCAUUAUCCCCUGAAAAUUAUGGGACCGGCCGGCGGUUCUUCAUCCAGACACUGGAUGAUCACGCUCUUUCACCGGACGUCCAAGAAAAGCUAGUGAGGGAAAACCCACCAGAGGGAGUGUUCAAGAUAAAAGGCAGUGACCACUGCCCAUUUUUCUCAAAGCCACAAUCAUUGCACAAAAUUUUGGUGGAAAUCGCUCAAAUUCCAUAGUUCUAGAUCUAGAAUGAUUUUUUUUUCCCUUUACCCUUUCUCACUAAAUACAGAACACGAAACAGAGUCUAUUAAUGUAAGGCCAGGGUUGUAUGUAGGAUAUGGUGGCCCAGGUGUCUAUUGUAAUCAUUUUUAAUUUUAUUCCUAGACAAUGCAAGUGUCACACUGAAAUGUGUUUUACAGAGGAAGUGUAGUCGGUUGAUUCUUGUGGAAUUCAUCAUUUUUGAAUGCCCA